AUCGGCACAGAGGAGACUGCAUGAUUUUUUUCCCCCAGAUGAUAUUUACACAUUUCUAUAUAUUGAUUUGUUUUAGAGAUUCGACUGUGAUGGCGGCUCUGACUGAGAACAUGCUGACAGUCAACAUGCUACUGAGUGUCUUCUUUCUUCCUGGUGCUUUGGCUGAAGACUGUUAUGGUAUAACUCCAGCCUUCAACAUCACUACACCAAACACCAUGGAAGCUCUGACUGGGUCUUGUCUGCAAAUCCCAUGUACCUAUGACACAGAAAAUACUAAGUACAACAGCAGCAGGCGUAUCUAUGCAGUUUGGAUGAAAGGCGACACACAAAUCCAUUUGCAUCCAAAGGUCGUUAUAUUCAACAGCAGCGGCACAGUAAACACCUAUCAACUGGAAAUAAUUGGAAACCUGAAAGAGAAGAUCUGCACCACUCUGUUUCCCAAUCUAACAACAAGACAUGCAGACAAAUACUUCUUCAGAAUUGAAAACUAUCAAUUUAGAGCAACAGCUUGUGCUAAUCCUCUUCAAAUAAAAGUUAAAGAUUCUCCUUGGAGUCCCAGCAUUUAUGUUCCCUCUGACCUGAAGGAGCAUCAGUCUGUCACUGUAACCUGCUCAGCUUUCACUCCCUGUCCAAACUCACCUCCUGAACUCACCUGGAAUCUCCAACAAGACUCUCUCAGACACACAGAAAAAAACAGAGAUGGAACCUUUACAACUAAAAUCCAGGAGAUCAUCACUCUGUCAGACACACAUGAUGGAUACAACAUCAGCUGUUCUGCCAGAUAUUCUGUGAUUGGAGGAAUCAAGACAGCAGAGACAGAAGUGACUCUCAGUGUUUCAUAUGCUCCUAAAGACACCUCAGCAUCCAUCAGUCCAUCAGGUUUGGUGUCAGCAGGUAGCUGGGUGGAGCUGAGCUGCUCCAGCAGAGCCAAACCUCCACCCACAUUCACCUGGUUCAGGAUCAGUGAACAUGGAGACAUUAAUGUGUCUGUGGGGCAGAUUUACAGUUUCAAUGUUACUGAGGGAGGAGAGUAUUACUGUGUAGCUUCAAAUGAUCUGGGUCAACAAAAAUCACCUGUGAUUCUUGUUGCUGUUGAAGAUGAUCAAGCGUCUGAAUUCCAGAUCCUUAAUGUGUUGAAAAUCCUGGGGAUUGUAUUGCUCUGCACUGGCGUCAUCAUCUUUGAGUGCUGGUUCAGAUUCUACAACAAACCAAAGAAGGAACCAGAAGAGCCAACCUAUGUCAACAAUGUGAUGGUGACUACAGUAUCAUGAGCCACAAGGAGACCAGGAAGAUGCCAAGGCCUCUGACAGAGAGAGGAUUUAUUUGUUA